AUGGCGCCGACCUCGCCAGCAUCCACAUGCUCCACUGCCGACACCACUACACUGGCAGAUAUCGGAGCAGAAUUAAAACGCAUGGCAAUGAUGAUGGUCACAAAGGAUGACCUCACCCACCUGACAAACAACCUACACAAAGUAAUUAAAGCUGAAGUGACCGGCCUGAAGGCUGAAAUUAAAGCACAGGAACACCGCAUACAGCAAGUAGAAAAGAGGGCACAGACCACUGAAGACCACUCUGCAGCCACAGACACGGCCCUUAAACGCCAAGGCACUCUCAUACUGGCCAUGAGGCGACAGCUGGAGGACCAGGACAACCGCAGUCGCCGCAACAAUAUCAGGGUAAGGGGGAUACCUGAAUCUCCAGAGGGGGAAAACAUAGAGGAGAUGCUCACCUCCCUAUUCCGCAUCAUCUUAAGGGAGGACACACCAGCGCUUAUUAAAUAUGACAGGGCACAUAUAGCACUCCGUCCCCGGCCCACGGAAGGGACCCCCAGGGAUAUAAUAUGCUGCCUACACUCCUUCGCCAUCAAAGAUCUGAUCAUGAGGAAAGCUAG